GCCCUAACCCGGUCCUCCCAGCAGAUUUCUCGACUCGGUCUCUGUCUGCCCUGGCCCCCGUCGCUUUUUUUCUUUAUAUAUCAGCGCUGUUUGACUGUCUGGUGCUGGUGUGUGGUUGGAACAGCGAGAGCGACGAAGAAGUGCGUUGCAAGAGAAUAUAGUUACUCAUAACCUCCUGGCUCCUAUUUUGGUCGGUGCAGCAUGGGAUUCCUAAGUCCUGGGAUCAGCUUGCAGGGUCUCAAGCGCAAGCAGAGAUCGUUGUACACGACAUGCAUGGCCACCAUGACAAUACCGGCAUCGCAAACAGGGUCCUACGCAAAGCGGCAAAAGCUCGCCCACGAGCCCUCCGCAACGCUGCAGGGCAUGCCGUCCGAGAUUUUGCAGAUGAUAUUUAUCUACUCGUGCAGUCCCGAACUACCCCUCGUCUGCCGUCGCUUCCACGAAGUCCUCGCGUGCACGCAGUACUUGAAACUCAGAGUGCUAGCCCAGCUGUUUGCCGAGUCGUCUAAUACUCUAUUUCCAGACGUUCACUCGAUAUGCGACUACAAAUUUGUCACGAGGGAACUGAUGUGCAAGGCGUGCGCGGAAGGGUACGUGAACGAGAACGAGAUCAAAAACGUGGUGAUGAGCAAGCGGUUGUUUAUGCCGCCGUAUACGCGCGAGAAGCUGGAGCUGGUUGAGUAUCUGACGGCCAGACUUGCUAGUUACUCUACAGCAGAAGAGGCUGCGUCGUUAUUAGCUGAAGAUCUAUACGCUCAUCCGGACGAUAAGGCCGUCGAUGGUGACUUUGACGAGCUAGAUGACGGGUCGAUCACCAGCGAGGAAAGGCUCGCGGACGUCUACAGAUCGGCAAUGCUGGAUUACGACAGCUUGGAGACAUUUAUGGAAGCAUACAAAAAGUGCGCCAAGACAGGCAGAUUCCGCUGCACGAUCCGUCAGAAACUGUUUAUACUACUGGUGAACUACUUCACCCAAGAUCUGUACCCCGAAGCGGUCGACAUGCUCCUGAGCGCGGACCAGUAUCAUCUCGUGAAGUUUGCGCUCAGAGAGAACUGGAUCAAGGCUACCGAUCCUGAGCUGCUGGAUAUGGUGACUUGUCGGGGGGAUGCUAAGGCUAUUGAGUUUUUGUAUUCAUGGAGUUGGUGAGUUGGUCGUUAACUGCAUUUCUUUCAUUUCUUUACCUUUUGUCACAGUCUUUUUGUUUGUAAUUAUUCUGGAUUUAUUUUGCAUAUAACGAUACGGUAUUUAAUGAAUUUAUCUCUACA